CUUAGUUUUUUUCUUGUCGAAAUUGUUCCUUUAUGUUGUCUUGUCUAAAAUGCUAAUAUGAUUUUUGUAAUGUUUGAUGACAUGGCAAAGGCUUCUGCUGGUGUUCUUUAUAGAUAUAGCUUUUCGGAACAUGCUUUACGUGUCACCGAUGUUGUUACGGGACAUGGGUUAUGCAACUCCAUUAUCAUCUCAACCUCAGAGGAUCGAACAUGUAAGAUAUGGAGCCUAUAUGAGGGUUUGUUAUUGAGGAGCAUUACGUUUCCUUCCAUAAUUGAUGCUAUUGUAAUGGAUCUUGGGGAGCAUGUGUUCUAUGCUGGUGGCCGAGAUGGCAAAAUAUAUAUUGCAGCGCUAAAUGCUGAAUGCAACCGCAACAGCAUACACGGGAUGUUCAUCAUUGGUGCCUUGUAUGAUCACAGUAAGGCAAUAACAUGCCUAGCAUUUAGCACGGAUGGAGUUACUCUAGUGUCUGGGACUGAAGAUGGUAUUGUCAGAGUUUGGGAUACGAAAACCAAGCAUGUUACUCGUGUUUUGAAACAUGUGAAAGGUACAUCGGUAACUAGGAUUCUAUUAUAAAAAAUGUUUAAAUUACUUCGGAUGUAUUAGCAAUUGUUGAAAUGGAGAAAUUAUUUUGUAUAUACAAUGAAAUUUGCUUAGAUCUUAUGAGUUGUGUGUAUGUGUGUGUGUUGUGUGUGUUAUGUUUAUGUCGUCUGUUUGUAUAUUACGAGUUGUGUGUAUUUGUGCGUGUUAUAAGUUGUGUGUGUAUGUGUGUUUGUGUUAUGAGUCAUGUGUAUAUGUGUAUGAGUUGUGUAUGUUAAGCGUGUGUGUGUGUUGUUAUGAAUUGUGUGUGUAUUGUGUAUGUUAUAUUUAUAUGUGUGUUGUGUGUGUUGUUAUGAUGCGUAUGUUGUGAUGAGUUGUGUGUAUAUGUGUGCGUUGUGUAUGCUAUUCGUGUGCGUUGUUAUGAGUUGUAUGUGUGUUGUGUGUGUGUGUGUUGUAUAUAGUGUGUUGUUAAGAUAUGUGCGUUGUGUGUAGUGUGUGUUGUUAUGAGUUAUUUGUAUAUGUGUGUAUUGUGUAUAUUAUGUGUGUGUUGUUACAAGUUUUGUGUGUAUGUGUGUGUGUUGUGUAUGUUAUGUGUUUAUGUAGUGUGUGUUAUGAGUUGCGUGUAUGUGUGUGUUGUUAAAAGAUGUGUGUUUAUGUGUUUGUGUUGUGUAUGUUAUGUGUAUAUGUAGUGUGUGUUGUGUAUGUUAUGUGUAUAUGUAGUAUGUGUUGUGUGUUUGUAUAUUGUGUUUGUGUUGUUUAUUUUAUUGUAUUGUUUUAGUGUGAGUUGUGUGUGUAGUGUGUAGUGCGUGUAGUGUGUGUGUAUUGUGUAUGUGUAGUGUAUGUUAUGUGUUGUGUGUGUAUAUGUGUAUUGUGUGUGUUAUAUUUGUGUUAUUUUCGUGUGUAUUGUUUAUUGUGUGUGUGUGUGUUGUGUGUUUGUAUAUUGUGUAUUUGUAGUGUGUUUUAUUUGUUGUGUGUAUAGUAUUGUGUGUAUUAUUUAUGUUAUUUUCGUGUGUGUUGUUUAUUAUGUGUGUGUUAUGUGUGUUUGUUGUGUGUAUAUGUAUUGUGUGUAUGUUGUGUAUGUUAUGUGUGUGUGUUGUUACCAGUUGUAUGUGUAUGUGUUUGUGUUAUGUAUGUUAUGUAUGUAUGAAGUAUGUGCGUAGUAUAUGUUGUGUGUAUGUAUAUUGUGUGUGUGUUGUUUGUGUUGUUAUAUUAUUUUUGUGUGUAGUGUGUGUAGUGUGUAUAUGUAUUAUGUGUUAUACGUUGUGUAUAUAUAAUGUGUAUUGUGUGUGUUGUUUGUGUUAUUUUUAUGUGUGUUGUAUAUUGUGUGUGGUUGUUGUGUGUAUUGUGUGUGUAUUGUGUGUGUUGUGUUGUUUGUAUAUGUGUAUUGUUUGUAUUAUUUUCAUGUGUUGUUUAUUGUGUGUGUGUUAUGUGUCUGUGUUGUGUGUAUGUGUAUUGUGUUGUGUGUAGUGUUAUGUUGUAUGUGUAUGUGUAUUGUGUAUGUAUGUAGUGCGUGUAUAGUAUGUGUUGUGUGUAUGUGUAAUGUUGUGUGUAGUGUGUGUAUGUGUAGUGUGUGUUGUUUGUAUGUGUAUUGUGCAUAUGUGUAAUGUUGUGUGUAGUAUGUGUUGUGUAUGUUAUGUGUGUAUAGUAUGUGUUGUAGUGUGUUGUGUGUGUGUAGUAUGUGUUGUGUAUGUUAUCGUAUUGUUUUUAUGUGUUUUGUGUGUAGUGUGUAUGUGUAUUGUGUGUAUUUGUAUUAUUUUCAUGUGUUGUGUAUUAUGUAUGUGUAGUGUGUGUUAUAUGUUGUUUGUGUUAUUUUCAUGUGUUGUUUAUCGUGUGUGUGUAUGUGUAUUGUGUGUGUAUGUGUUUGUGUUAUGUAUAUUAUGUUUCUAUGUAGUGUGUGUAGUAUGUGUAGUGUGUGUUGUGUGUAUUGUUUAUGUUGUUAUAUUAUUUUUGUGUGUUGUGUGUAUGUGUAUUGUAUGUUAUGUGUUGUGUAUAUUUAUAUGUGUAUUGUGUGUGUUGUUUGUGUUAUUUUGGUGUGUGUUGUUUAUUGUGUGUGUGUGUGUGUUGUGUGAAUGUGUAUUGUGUAUGUGUAGUGUGUGUUAUGUGUUAUUUGUAUGUGUAUUGUGUGUAUUGUUUGUGUUAUUUUCAUAUGUGUUGUUUAUUGUGUGUGUGUUAUUUGUCUGUGUUGUGUGUAUGUGUAUUGUGUUGUAUGUGUGUAGUGUUAUAUUGUAUGUGUAUGUGUGUGUAUUGUGUAUGUAUAUAGUGCGUGUGUAGCAUGUGUUGUGUGUGUGUAGCGUGUAUGUAUAUUUGUAGUGUGUGUGUAGUGUGUGUUGUGUGUAUGUAUUGUGUGUUGUGUGUAUGUGUAUUAUGUUUGUGUUGUUUAUGUUAUUGUAUUGUUUUUGUCUAUAUUGUGUAUGUAGUGUGUUGUUUGUAUGUGUAUUGUGUUGUGUGUAUAUGUGUAUUGUGUGUUGUGUGUGUUAUUUUAAUGUGUGUUGUGUGUAUGUGUAUUGUGUAUGUAUAGCGUGUGUUAUGUGUUGUUUGUGUAUUGUUUGUGUUAUUUUCUUGUGUGUAUGUAUAUGUAUUGUGUGUGUGUUGUGUAUGUUAUGUGUGUUUUUGUUGUGUAUGUAUUGUGUGUUUUAUAGUGUGUGUUGUAUAUGUUGUAUUGUUUUUGUGUGUGUUGUGUGUAUGUGUGUAGUGUGUAGUGUGUUAUGUGUUGUGUGUAUAUGUGUAUUAUAUGGUUUAGGGUUUAGGGUUUAGGGUUUAGAGUUUAGGGUUUGUGUGUUCUGCUCAUAUUUUGCUUGAAGGUGACAGAGAUAGCAUAUACGCACCUUGGUAGCCCGCGAGCUCCGUUUAUACUCUCGUGAUCCGAAACGCCUACUCUAAAAUCCUCAAAAACCCCUUCUUUCUUUGGCGUCGCCUCUUCGCC